AUGAAUCUAUCAAUUCAAACAUUACCCGUGGAAAUAUUUCAUCGUAUUUUUGAUAGUCUUGAUGUUCAAACUAUUUUAUUUUCAAUUCGAUCAGUAUGUCGAUUAUUUCGAGCAAUGGUCAAUACUUAUGAUCGAUAUAUUUUUGAUUUUAAAUCAAUAUCAAAAUCAAAUUUUCAUCUAUGUUGUCAUUUAAUUAAUCCUCAAAAUGUUAUAUCAUUAAAACUUUAUAAUGAUGAAUAUACUCCAAAUCAAAUAGGUUUAUUUAUUUCAUUGAUUCGUCUUCGACAAUUUACUCGACUUCAUUCAAUAACAUUUUUUGGUAUUGAAGAAUUUCAAUUGAAUAUAAUUUUAAAACGUAUUCAUUUAAAUCUUUUGACUUCAUUUUCAUUACAUAUUCAAGAAUAUGAUAAUAGACGAAAAAAAACAACAUUAAAUUUUCUUUCAUCAAUUUUAGCACAAUCUAAACUUCGAAAAGUUGAAUUAAAAAUAAGAAAUGAUCGAAUAUCUAAUAUAUCAUGGUCUGUCAAUUCUAGAAUUGAAUAUUUAAUUAUAGAUUCCAAUAUUAAUUUUCACAGUAUAAUGACUAUACUUUCAUGUUCUCCUCAACUUCAUACACUCAUUCUAAAACAAAAUUUACCAAUAUUAAUUGGAAAUAUGAAGCAAACAUGUUCUUUUUCACAAUUAACUUCAUUGACUAUAGAAAAUCUAGAUACUACAAUCGAUCAAUUGGAAUCAUUUCUAUUGUUAAUGCCAUCACUUAUUUAUCUAAAAAUAAUUGGUCAACGAUGUAUAUUUGAUGGUAAACGAUGUGAACAAUUUAUUCAAGUAAAUCUUCCUAAUUUAAACAAUUUUGAAUUUUUUAUUGAGAUCUCAAAACCAAUUAAUCAAACUCAAGAAGAUCUUCAAUUAAUAAUUGAAUCAUUUCGAAGUUCAUUUUGGAUUGAAUAUAAAAAAUGGUUUGUAAUUUGUCAAUUUAAUUCUAAUGAAUCAUAUAGAAUUCAAAUUUAUUCAAUACCAAUUUGUAAAUCUAUUCUUCGAUAUGAAUUAGAUUCAAAAUAUAUUUAUCUUUCUAAUUCAACAAUAUUAUUGAACUAUGAUUUAUUAACAACAAAGAAUAUUAAUGAACUUUUUUUACCAUGGAAAUCAUUAACAUAUGGAAAUAUGAAAGAAGAAGAAUCAACAAGAAUUAAUACUAUGUUUCCUAAUGUAACUAAACUUAAUGUAGAUAUUUGUAGACGAACUCAUUUGACUUCAUUAGAAUUUUUAACUUCAAUAAUUGAUAUUUCAAAAUUAGUUGAAGUCAAAUUAGAAAGUUUUUAUUUCAAUAAAGAUAAUCAAAAUCUUUUAUUUGAAAUUAUUUCUAUUCUUGAACAAGCAUAUACACUUUUAUCUUUAAUAAUACAUAGUCGUUAUAGUACAUAUGAAUUGUAUCCAUUUCUUAAUGGUAUAUGUUCAAUAAUUCCACGUCAGAUCAAGCGUUUACAAAUACCGAUUAAUCAAUUAGAUCAAGUUGGAACCAUUUUAGAACGAUGUCAAAAUCUUUCAGUUAUACAAUGUGAAAUAACACGUUUAAAAUUUUCUCAAGAAGUCAUUGAUUGGUUUAAUCAAAAUACAAUUGAUUCAAUAGUUCGAAGACAUGCUAGAUGUGAUAUUAUAUGGAUUGGAAAGAAAAUAAAUCAUAACAUGAAUAAUCAUAAACGAAUUAAAUUAGAUGAUAAUCAAUUCGAUUCUUAA